AGCCUUGUCAAAUUUUUACAUAAUUGAUAGUAGAGACCACAAAGCUCUCUAUGAGUAUUUAAUGUAGUUGCAUAAUUAGGACUCAAACUUGAAAAAGUAGGAACAACACAAGGAGAGCUUUGCCGUCCAUGAUAGUCUUAUUUGACUCAAGCAGAGUUGAGAGGAUACCAGUGGUCUAGUAUAUAACUGAUGUAUUUGGCUGUCUUUUUUUUUCUUUUUUUUGUCCUUUAUCCUUUAUGUAAUAUAUCAUGGUAAGUAUCUAUGCAAACACAGGUUAUAAGAGGAAUAACAUUGACAUCAAGAUUAGUGAAGAUGGUAGUAAGAUAUCAAUUAGUGGAGAGAAGCCUGUUCAGAAUAUUUUGAUGAUGGGAUGGUUAAUGCAUAGGAAAGAGGUUGAUGUUGCAGGGUUCAAUAAGGUUUUCAAAAUUCCUGAUGGGGUGAAACUGGAUGGGAUCAAAGCAAAGUAUGAUGAGGAGGAAUGGACAUUGAAUAUUUUCAUGCCAAAAUUGGUUAAAGGAAUUUGUGGGGUCAGGAUUGAAGAGAUCAAGGAAGAAUCAGAAAGAGGGAGAUCAGAACUAGAGAAAAGUGAAGCUGAUCAAAUUCUUGGUAUUGUUGGAGAGGCAAGCCAAAAAGGAUCUAAAGAGUCUAACUCUAAAGUUCAAGCAAUGGAGGACAGUGAAAGUUUCAUGGAGAAGGAUGGAGGAGAAUCUGACAAGAUGCUUGAUGAUGCUAAUAGGGAAAUAAUUAAGGAGAAAAUAAAAAAAGAUGUAGAAGAGUCUAAGUUGGGUGGAAAUGGAGAAAGUUCUGGAGAGAAGGGUGAAAUUGAAGGAUGUGAAGUAAUGAAGACAUCAGAACUAGAGCAAAAUAUUGGUAGAGGCACCUCACAGAAAAUUGGAGACACAAGCCAAAAGGUAAUAGAAGAAUCUAAGUUGAGGAUUGAGGAUGAAGGGGUAAAAGGCAUGAGAGAAGAGGUUGGAAAGACAGUUUAUGAAGCAGUGAAAACAUCAGAAAAGGAGAACAAUGUAGGUGAAGGUAUGCCACAUAAUAUUGGAGAUACAAGUCAUGAUAAAGAGUUUGAGGUUCAAGAAAUGGAGGGCAAUGGAGGUUUUGAGGAGGAGGAAAAAUUGGUAUCUGAAAAGAUGCUUGAUGAUGCCAAUGGAAACAAAAUUGGAGAGGUGAUCCAGAAACAAAUAGAAGAAUCCAAGAUAGGAAUUAAGGAUGGAGAUGGAGAAAGUGUGAAAGAAAAGAUAAGGAAAGCAGGAUACAAAAGAACGAAGACAUCAGAGUUAGAGCAAAAUAUUGGUGCACAUGUCACACAAAACAUUGGAGAUACAAGCCAAGGAGAACCUAAAGACUCUGGUAUUGAACAAACGGGGGAAGCUAAAAGGACUGUUGGGAAGAUUGAGAGACAGGAGUCUGGAGAGAUGUGUGUUGAGGUCAAUGUGUCUACCGAGGGAGAGAUACUUGAACAGUCAAAACAGAAACAAUUUGGAGAAACUAAGACAGAAACUGAGGUUAGACUAAAAGAAAGUAAUAUGGAACCAAUGAAGGCACCAAAACUUGACCAAAAUAUAGAUGUUCAUAUUCCUAGCAACAUCGGUGGUACAAGCCAAGAAUUCAGGAAAGCUAGGAUUCAACAAAAGGACAAAACUAAAAGCAUAGAAGAAAAUAUGGAUGGAAGGGAAACUGGAAGGAUGCCUGUUGAAACCAGUAAGAAUAGUCAAAAAUGCAUAUCUGGAGAUAGCAUGAAAAAGGACAUCAAAAAGCCUAAGAUUGAAACUGAGGAUGGAGAUCAAGAACAUUAUGGGGAAAAGGCUGGUAAGCUUGAUUCAACGACAAUAUGGGAAGAGUUUCCUAAGCAGUUACCAAAAGCUACUGUUGAGGAAAACAAAGGGUUGAGUGCUUCAAAAAUGCAACAAACUGAAGAUGUCAAAGAAGCGAUGAUCAAAAGAAAAUCAAAAGAGAUUGAAUAUUUUGUCGAUAAGGAUGAAGGUGAACAACCCAGAAGGAUGCACAAGGAAGCCGAAAAAGACUUGACAGAAAAGACACUACAAGAAAGCGAAGAUGUCAGAGAAGCAAUGGUCAAAAGAGAAAGAAAAGAGAUUAAAUAUGUUAUGGAUAAUAGUGAAGGUGAAAAGUGCAAAAGGAUGCAGAUGGAAGCAAAGAAAGACUUGACAAAAGAGACAACACAAGAAGGUAAAGAUUUGAAAGAAGCAAUGGUCAAAAGAGAAGGCAAAGAGACUGACUAUUUCUUGGAUGAAGAUGAAGGUGAAAAACCAAGAAGGAUGCAAAUGGAAGAAAAGAAGGACUUAACAACAGAGACAAUGCUAGAUAGUGAAGAUGUCAGAGAAGAAAUGGUCAAAAGGAAUGACAAAGAGGAUGGAAUUGUAGAAAAGGGUGAAGGUGAAGAACCCAGAAGGAUGCAAAUGGAAGUAAAGAAGGACUUAACAAAAGAGACAAUGCAAGAAAGUGAAGAUGUCAAAGAAGAAAUGGCCAAAAGGAAAGGCAAAGAGAUUGAGUAUUUUGUGAAUAAGGGAAAAGGUGAAGAACCCAAAAGGAUGGAUAUGGAAUCAAAGAAUGACCUAACCACAGAGACAAUGCAAGAAACUAAAGAUGUCAUAGAAGUAAUGGUCAAAAGAAAAGACAAGGAGAUUAAAAAUUUUGCAGAUAAAAGUGAAGGUAAAGAACCCAAAAGAAUGCAUACAGAACCAAAGAAGGACUUAAUAAAAGAGACAAUGCAAGGAAAUGAAGAUGUCAAAGAAGCAAUGUUCAAAGAAAAAAGUAAAGAAACUGAAUAUUUUGUUGUUAACGGUGAAGGAGGGGAACCCAAAAGGAUGCAUAUGGAAGAAAAUAAGGACUUAACAACAGAGACAAUGCAAGAAAGUGAAUAUGUUAAAGAAGCAAUGAGCAAAAGAAAAGGUGAAGAAGAAAUUGGCUAUUUUUUGAAUGAGGGUGAAGGUGAAAACCCCAAGGGGACGCAUAUGGAGGCAAAGGACACAACAGAGAUAAUGCAAGAAAGUGAAGAUAUCAAAGAAGCAACCAUUAAAAAAAAAGGCAAAGAGACUGAAUAUUUUGUGGAUCAAGGUGAAGGUAGAGAACCCAAAAGGAUUCACACGAAAGAAAUUGAAUAUGAUAGUGAACCAAUUGUCAAAAGAAAAGACAAAGAAAUUGAUUAUUUUGUGGAUAAGAGAGAAGGUGAAGAACUCAAAAUGACGCAUAUGGAAGCAAAGAAAGACAUAGCAGAAGAAACAAUGCAAGAGGAAAUUAAAAAGAAUAAGAAUGGAACUAAGGAUAUUGAUCAAGAAAAUGUACUAGAGAAAACUGAUAAAGGAAAAUUUGAAGUACCAACUGAAGAGUUGCCCAAGCUGGUUGGGAGGCAGGAUGGAAGUAGAGGACUAAAGGUUGCAAAGAUAGAAGAACAAAAAGAAAUUAUCAAAGAAGCAAUGGCUGAAACCGAAUGUUCAAUGGAAAAAGUGAAAGGAGAAAAGUCCAAUACAACAGGCAGGGUUACUGAGAAAAACAUAGCAAGUGAGAUCUUACAGAAGGAAACUGAGGAGUCCAACAUUGAAAGAAAAUCUAGAGAUGGACCAUAUGUACCAAACAAUAUGGUCAAAGUAGUAUUUGAAGUGUUGGGGACUUUCCAGGCAAAGCUUCCCAAGCAGGUGAUGGAAGCAAUUUCCCAAAAUAAAAGGGAUAAAAAUGAAUAUGUUAUUGUGAACUUGAGAGGAGAAGGCUCUAUAAAGAUGCAUGUUGAACCAAAUGAUGCUUUUGAUGAGUAUGAAACUGAGGACAUAAAUCAGAAAGAAAUCGGAACGCCAAAACUCAAUUCUAGUGACCAAAUAAGUGAGAAAGAUAAUGUUGAUGUUUGGGUAUUUGAUGGAAGCAAAAAACCAAAGUUUCCAAAGAUAGGGCAAACAAACUAUGUCAAAGAUAGUGCCAAAAUCGAGGAGUUUGUGAAGAAAGUAAAUGAAGACAAAUAUGAGAAGACACAAGUUGAAGAAAAAAGGGGUUUGAUAAAAGCCAUUACAGGGGAGUCAACUCAGACAGAAAGAGAAGGUUCUAAGAUCCAAACAAUAGAAAAAGAUCAACAUCGUUUACCAGAAAAAAGGAACAAACGAAGAUUUGAAGCAAGCACAACUGCAAAAGAAGAGUUUCCUGUGAAAACGAUGGAUUCACUAGCUGAUAAAAGAGAGGGACUAAAAGGACCAAAGAUAGAUGAAGCAAAAGUCGCCAAAGAAGAGUUAGACAAGCAAAGAAGUGAGGAAAAGAAAACAAUUUUCAAAGAAAAGGGUGCUACAACUCAAGAAUUUGUGAAGAAAGUACAAGGAGAGAAAUAUGAAAUGAUACAAGCUGAAGCAAAAGAAGGUUUGAGGACAAAUAUAACUAAGGGAAAAGAUCAACAAUGUUUGCAAGAAGGGACAAGUAGAGGAAGAUAUGAAGCAAGGACAACAGCAAGAGACUUUCCUAUGCAAAUAGUAGACUCACUUGCAACGACAAGAAAGGAAACAAAGGACAAAGAGAUAGAUGAGCCAGCCAAAAGAAAGAGUGAGGAAACAGAUGUUGUUGAGUCUACAAUUGAGGAAAAAGUUCAAGUGCCUGAGAGUGGAAGAAUUUCCAUGACUUUCAAAGUAACAGAGGAUAAACAUCCAAAAGUAUUAGAGAUUGAAUCUCCUGAAAGUGAAUUGCAAUCAACUAAAGGCCCAACUACACGUGCAAUUAGUGUGGAAUUUAAGGAGGUUGAACAAACGAGUGCAAAGGAUAAGACACAGAAAACAAAGUUGUUACCUCCAAAUAUUCAAAGCAAGGAGACUCAUGAAUCAAACAAAGGAGGUGUGAAACAAGACACUAUAAAACCAAAGAAAGAAAAGGAAGUAGAAGGAGAACAGUGCACUUAUAACAUUGAAAGCUCUAAAGAGGUUGCAAGGUUUUCAUCAACUCAACAAACCAAAGUUGAAGAAAAAGAUAAACUAUAUGAAGGUGGCAAAGCAAAAGCAUUCAUUGAAUCAAAAAAGGAUGAAAAAACAAAAGAUAUGAAGAAUAUAAUUGAAAUGAAGGAUAGUCAAGAAUCAAAACAGAGGAAAACUUUGAAGCCGGAAAUUCCUCUAGAAAAACAAAUAAAGAAAGGAGAACCAAUCACAAGAAAAGAUCAGUUUGCCAAAGGACAAAAAGUCAGGGAGACAAUGCAAGAGGAAAUCGAAGGGAAUAAAGAGAAAAUUGAUGACAGUGAUCAACAUGUGCAAAGAGAUGUCGUCAAAGGAGUUGGAAAAGUAGGCACUACAGGAAAGGAGAUGCCCAAAAAAGAAUAUGUAGCAGAUGUUGGCCUUGUGGCUAAAACGAUGGAAACGAAAAGAGACUUGAAAACAACUCCUAGUAAAGAGAAAUACACAAUAGCUCAAAAUGUUAAAGAUGAAAAGCCAAGGAUACAAGAAGAAAAGAUAAAGGCUGAUGUUGAAAAGGUGGAUAAGAAAGGAUAUCAAGCAAAAGUUGUAGAAGAAGGGAUGUCAAAAGGGGAACACGGAGCAGAAGUAGUUCCUGAGAUAAAAAGGGAAAGGCCAAAGGUUGCAAAGAGUGAAGAAACAAAAGAGGCUUCCAAACUACCACUCAAAAGAGAGAUGGGAAAAACAACACAAAGUGCAGAAGAUAGGAAGCCUAAAAUGGGGGAAAUAACUAACGAGUUUGAAAAGACUAGUGGAUCCAAACAGGCUGUAGAAAAAAUGCUUGAAAGUCUCAACAGAGAACAUCAAAAAGACUCAAAAGAAGUCACACCUAAAAAGGAGGUGGAACCUCUAACAGUAACUCCAAAGCAAGGAGUUGAAAAAUCAAAGAAGGAAGAUAUGUCACCUAUGCCUAAGGCAAUCCAAAGAAAAGAACCUCAUAAAUUAUCAUUGCCAAGCAAGCACUAUAAAAUUCCAAAGAUAGAGGAAGUACAACAUGAAAAGAAAGGAAAAAGACCCAUUCAUGCACUAGAAGCAACCACUUUUAAAAAAGAAGAACUUGCACAAGCUACAACUACACAUUCAAAAGCAAAAGGUGAGAAUGAUGAGCCACAAGUAAAUCAACUGCCAUCUCCAUCUAUAGAACUGUGGAGCAAAGAGUCACAUGAAUUAGAAAAGCGUGGUAUGAAAAAGGAUGACUCGAAGGCUAAGAGUUUAGUGGAUAUGCAAGAAGGAAAAAAAUAUAUUCAUUCUGCAGAGGGUACUACAACAUCAGAAGUAGUUGCAGAUGAAGCGGUUGAACCCUCAAAAUUUUCAAGUUCACCUUCCACACAACCAUUUGAAGUUGAAGGCAAGGAUAAGAUAGAUGCUAGUCAUGACGAGUCUCAAGAUUCAUACAGGGACUCUGAAAUAGAUAGUCAAGAAUCAACCAAAAGUGAAACAGACGAAGAAGUUGAACAAAGAGAAACACUUCAGCCAGAGUCCUCUAAAGAUCAACAAUGCAUAAACAAAGAUCAGGAAGAAAGCCAUGAAAAACAUGAAAUUGAAGAAGAAAAGGCUUAUGAGCAGGUAGACGAAGCUGAUCAUGAAGACUCUCAAAUGUUAGAGGAGAAAAAAGAAUGUGAAGAGGAAGCCACUGAAGGGAAGAAGAACGACCAAAAAAGAUCAAAGAAACUGUUCGUUUCUAUUAUCAUAGCUGGAUCAGCCCUUCUUGCUUCUGGAAUAUUUCUCUUUAUUCGGCAUAGAAGAGCCAGAAAAGGGUAUAUACAUAUGUGUUCAUUAAGUCUAGAUUUUCAUUUUUGCUAUGAAGAAUAUCUUAUGCGGUGUGCCUGUUUUGCUUGCAGUGGUAAGUGA